CUUUAAAAAGGAUUUUAAAAUCAUCGUUGAGUUCAGGGGAUUUAUAACUAGACACCUUAAACAUCGUUGGGGUAGCUCACCGAUAAGAAAAGUUUUGUGCGUUGAAGUUGAAUUAUAAAUAAAUAGAAAAUUUCAAUAGUCAUUAUCUUAUCAAAAUGCCGCCGAAAAAAGGAAAAAAGAAAAAAUCAGCAAAAGCAAAAGCUCCAACUAUUGUAGAUGGAAUCAGUACUGAGGAAAUGAGUAAAGAGCAGCUUGAAGAGUAUAUUGUACGCCUCAGAGAAGAACUCGAUCGAGAGCGGGAAGAGAGAAAUUAUUUUCAGCUUGAAAGAGAUAAAGUCAACACAUUUUGGGAAAUUACCAAGCGACAAUUAGAUGAAAAAAAAGCUGAUUUACGUAAUAAAGAACGAGAAGAAGAAGAGGCUGAAGAGCGACAUCAAGUGGAAAUUAAAGUAUAUAAACAAAAAGUCAAACAUCUCCUCUAUGAGCAUCAAAACAAUAUUACUGAACUAAAAGCAGAGAGUGCUGUUGCAAUAAAACUUGCACAGGAUGAACAUAAAGGUAAAGAAUCUGAUCUUCGAAAAGAUAAGCGAAGCCUUAAAGUAGAACUUAAAGAACAAGAACUUUCAAAUGAAGAUGUUAUCAAGUCUUUACUGCGAGGUAAAGAUGAAGAAAUAACCACACUCAGAAACGACUUUGAAAGACAAGCAAACGAGAUUGAGGCGAAGUAUGAGAAAAAGAUGAGAACUUUACGUGAUGAACUUGAGUUGCGAAGGAAAACAGAAAUUCAUGAAAUAGAGGAGAGGAAAAAUGGCCAGAUAAAUACAUUAAUGAAGAAUCAUGAAAAGGCAUUCAGUGAUAUAAAAAAUUAUUACAAUGACAUAACGUUGAAUAAUUUGGCACUUAUCAAUUCACUGAAGGAACAAGUUGAAGAGAUGCGUAAAAAAGAAGAAAGGCUUGAGAAACAAAUGAAUGAAGUUAUGGCAGAGAAUCGUAAAUUAAUCGAACCUCUUCAAAAAGCUAAAGAAGAAGUACAGGAGUUACACAAACAACUAUCAAACUAUGAAAAAGACAAAGCUUCUUUGCAGAGUGCGAAAGCUCGACUGCGAGUACAAGAGGACGAACUAAAGAAAUUACAGUGGGAACACGAAGUGUUGCGACAAAGAUUUGAACAGACACAAAAAGAACGAGAUGAACUGUACAAUAAAUUUGUCCGAGCUAUUCACGAAGUUCAGCAGAAAGGAAAUUUCAAAAAUCUACUUCUUGAAAAGAAGUUGACAGUUAUUACAGACACUCUUGAGAAAAAGGAGGCUCAAUUAAAUGAAGUUUUGUCUGCGUCCAAUCUCGAUCCUACAGCUUUGGUUGUUGUCACUAGAAAACUCGAGGACGUGUUGGAUUCAAAGAACAGCGCUAUAAAAGAUUUACAAUAUGAACUUGCACGCGUGUGUAAGGCGCAUAACGACUUGAUACGAACAUACGAAGCCAAACUUCGAUCGUUUGGAGUCCCUACAGAAGAACUUGGUUUCCAGCCCCUCCAGAGUAACGUUACUGGACAACAGCUUGGAAAAGGAACAGCAGGUUUGGUCGCUCAACCGACGUGAAGACAGAUUUUUUAAAUUAAAUAUCGUGUAUAUUAUAUAUUUUUAUGUUAAUUUAUUUUUAUUAAUCUCA